GCUACACUCAUUCUAUCUAUUACCUUUCUGAUAUCCCCUCAUUUUCUCUCGCUGCAUACUUUGAGCGGAAUCUUCGGCUGGUCUGAUUUAACGUUCUUUACCUUCUCGCACGUACUACAAGACUUUACCUUGUUUGACCCUCCUUUGCCAAGUUUACAACAUGCGUUUCGAGUUUAUCGCACUCCUGGCAGUGGCCGCCUCUUCUUCAGCUCAAUCUGUUAUCGGUACAGCUUACGGCUACGGUGCCGGUGCGACUGGUGGAGGAGAUGCUGCUGCUGUCACUCCUACGUCAAACGAGGAACUGGAGAAGUACCUGUCCGACGAUACCGAGCGCGUCAUCCUUCUCACCCAGCAGUUCGACUUCACCGGUAAAACUGCAUCCGGCGCUGGUUGCGAUAAGAGCACUUGCUCAGCCAAGAGCGGCGGCGGACAGUACUACUUGGGCGACCUCUCCUGUGGUGGCUCGGAUAUGACCCCCGUCAGUUCCAUCACCUACGACGCAGCCGGCACAACCGCUUUGAAAGUUGGAUCGAACAAGUCCAUCCUUGGUGUUGGUGGAAAGGGCGUGAUCAAGGGCAAAGGUCUCUCCAUCGCCAAGGAUGCCAGUAACGUCAUCAUUCAAGGAGUCGAAUUCACCACCAUCAACCCCGGCAUCGUUUGGGGAGGCGAUGCUCUCGACAUGCAGGGAGGAAACACAAAGAUCUGGGUGGACCACUGCAAGUUCUCGCUUGUCGGUCGCAUGUUCGUCGUCAGCCACUACGACGGCUCCGAGGCUACCCUUUCAAACAACGAAUUCGAUGGUGUAACUACCACCUCUGCUACCUGCAACGACAAUCACUACUGGACAAUGAUGAUGAUUGGAAAGACCGAGAAGUUCACUCUCGACAAGAACUAUUUCCAUGACGUUUCCGGUCGCGCUCCCAAGCUUGGUCAGGAUGGUGUCAACAGCUACUUCCACGCAGUCAACAACUACUUCGAGAACAUGAAGGGCCAUGCCUUUGAUGCUUACACCGGAGUCAAUGCGCUUGUUGAGGGUAACGCAUUUGUCGCCGUUGACCAGCCCAACACCGAGCACGCUGCUGGUAUUGCUACCUUCGUUAGUAAGGGCGGUGACGCCUGCUCAUCCGUCUUCGGCCGCGCGUGUCUCGAGAACAGUGUCGACUCUUCCAGCGGCGAGCUCUCCCCAGGCUCAUCGUCUGGCUUCAUUGCUAAGCUUGGAAAGAUUGACAUCCCUGAGCCAAUGGAAGCCAGUAAGGUCGCCGCUUACGUCAAGGCCAACGCUGGUCCGGCAAACCUUCGUACUUCGUCUUCGUCUGUUCCUGCUGCGGAAAAGGUUGUUGAUUCCGAUGCCGCUGCCAGCGUCACCAAGCCUGUCGUAUCCAAGCCUACGUCAACUAGUAGUGUCAUCAAGCCCAAGCCGGUGGCUACAACUACCGCUGCUGCUGCGCCAGCACCUGCUGCUCCUACCGGGUCUAACUCUUCUGCAGGCGCUGCCAAGCUCUACGCUCAGUGUGGUGGUCAAGGUUUCACUGGUCCUACCAAGUGCGAGUCUCCUGCCACAUGUGUGAAAAGCAAUGAGUGGUACUCGCAGUGCAUCAACAGCUCUUCCAAGUUCCGUCGCGCCCUCGGACGCUACUUUUAAGCGUUGGAUUUUCCGACAAUGCGGAAGACAUAUUGGUAAGAAGACUAUGUCUGGAAGACUAUGUCUGGAAGACUAUAUCGGGGUCUGGAGAUUACUGUUCUUGUGUAAAUAUUUCUAUUACAAUUUCUUCGGUGUACAUGCCGCAUCAUAUACAUCUGUUCAAUCAUAUGCCAAAACGGUAGUAUAUUCAAAUAAUUGGUUAUUCUCAA